AAAAAAACAAAGAGGAACUGCGAAGUUCAGUCCCUCUCAACUAGCAGUGAGCGGAGGAAGUGAAGGGGGAGUUGUGAGAGGCGGUGUCAACAGCCUGCUGAUGAAAGAGGCAACUUUGCAGAAAGAGGCAACUUGACAUAUCAGGACUUUUGCCACUGUAGAAAUAGCUCAGGCGUACGAAGCGCAUGCAAACACAGAACUGCAGAAGUUCAGUGGAGGCUUAUCGCUUCCCUGAGAAGAAAAGCACAUUUUCAGUUUCGUGUGCAUAAUCAGAGUGAGCAUUCAGUUGCUGUCUUUCCCGGCCACCCUGCUAAAAUCCAGCGUUAACUGUCGGUAUCCAGGUGGAGGAUGGAGAUGGGGCAGCCCACACUGCCAGGGAAGAAGUGAAGCCUUCACUGCAUAAAUUAGAGGAAGCAAUUUCAGAUCAACGAAAUCUCCAGACUAUAAAUACCAAGAUAGUGAACACUUGCCAGACACUUGGGCAGAAGACAAGAAAACCAAAAAAACUGUUUAGAUGAGGAAUUUCCUCACUGUGAUCCCUUGUCCUGCACAGAAAGAAUUCAUCAAUUUCUCCAGGAACAGCUGAAGCAGCAUUGCCAUAAAAGAUAUAGUGGUCCAGAAGCAAGAAUACAUCAGCUACCCUUGGCCUUCAAACACACAUGCUGGUACACACCUCUGCUAGAUGCCUUGCAUCUGGAUAGUUUUACAGCAGUUCCAAGACUAGAACUGACACCUUUCUCAUGUGUGGCCAACCUAAUCCAUGCUUCACAUGAAAGGCCCAGAUAUGAAGAAAUAGAGGAUUGUGCUUUGGCUGUGACUGAAAGAGACAGGUGCCCUGGCCGUUCAGCUGGUCCCCACCCAGGAACAGAUCUUUCAGGUUGCAUCAGGAUGAAUAAUGACCUAAGUAUGGAAGAGAAUGGUGUUGAAUCCUUAUGUUCUGAGAGCCAGGCCCAACCCAGGGAAUAUUCCACCCUACCCUCUCCUGGUCACACUUCAUCCACAGAGAGUACUGUAACUUCAAGUGAUUCUGGAUCAGAAAUUUUGCAUAUGGCUUCUGGUGACCCUGACUGUAAACCACUCUGUGAGAAAGAGGAAGAUAAAAGAUCAGCUUCUACUGUGACAAAGAUCCCAGGCGGAAGUCCAGCUCCUGAAAACAUUGAACUGCAAGGCUCUGCGACUGAAGGAAAAAGCAUGUUGAUUCAGGAAGCCAAAAAGGAACCAGAAACAAUAGAUGAGCACAGAAAAGAAUGUGCUGCAGGAGGUGCUGCUCUUUCCUCUGUUCCUGUGAAGUCAGUUAACUUUAGACAAAGUGACAACACUUCUGCUAAUGAGAAGGAGGUAGAGGCCGAAUUUCUCAGAUUAUCUUUGGGAUUUAAAUGUGACUGGUUCACCUUGGAGAAAAGAGUGAAGCUUGAAGAAAGAUCCCGUGACUUGGCUGAAGAAAAUUUGAAGAAAGAAAUCACUAACUGUUUAAAACUGUUAGAGUCUCUAACAUCUCUUUGUGAAGAUGACAGCCAGGCCCAGGAAAUCAUUAAGAAGCUGGAGAAGAGUAUAACGUUCCUCAGCCAGUGUACAACACGAGUGGCCAGUAGGGCUGAGAUGUUGGGAGCCAUUAAUCAGGAAAGCCGGGUUAGUAAAGCAGUUGAAGUGAUGAUUCAGCAUGUAGAAAAUCUGAAGAGGAUGUAUGCCAAAGAGCAUGCUGAAUUAGAAGAACUGAAACAGGUUCUUUUGCAAAAUGAAAGGUCUUUUAACCCUCUUGAAGAUGAAGAUGACUGCCAAACUAAAAAACGUUCAUCUUCUGUAAACUCGAAGCCAUCUUCUCUUCGAAGAGUGACCAUUGCCUCUUUGCCCAGAAAUAUUGGAAAUGCGGGAAUGUUGGCUGGGAUGGAAAAUAAUGAGCGAUUUAGUAGGAGGUCAAGCAGUUGGCGUAUUUUGGGGUCAAAGCAGAGUGAACACCGCCCCUCAUUACAUCGAUUUAUUAGCACCUAUUCCUGGGCAGAUGCUGAAGAAGAAAAGUGUGAACUAAAAACUAAAGAUGACUUAGAACCACCAGAAGAAGAAACAGUAGAAAAGACAAGAAAGCCAAGUCUUUCUGAAAAGAAAACUAAUCCAUCAAAAUGGAAUGUGUCUUCAAUUUACGAUACAUUAGCUUCCUGGGCAACAAACCUCAAGACUUCCAUCCGAGAGGCCAACAAGAUGCUCUGGCUUUCUGUGGCAUUCAUUGUACUAUUUGCAGCGUUGAUGAGCUUCUUCACAGGCCGAUUUUUCCAGAAGUCCGUGGACGCUGCCCCCACACAGGAUACGGACCCCUGGAUGUCUCUAGAACACAUCUUGUGGCCAUUCACCAGACUGCGACACAACGGGCCACCACCCGUGUGACUGCAGCACAUCCUAAUGUGUGUAUCUUGAUUUUUAAAGUUUCAGUAUCUGAACUUUGUACAUUAGUAACUUUUAGCUGGGAAAUUAUAGAAUGGAACCAGAGGUUCUCAGAAUGACUGUAAGAUAUUUUAUAUUCCCUCUUUUUGUGAUUACCUUCCUAACUAAAAUGCAGUGGGGAGGAAGCCUGCUUAUAUGAUUUUUUUAAUGAGCUUUCUGAGGAGGAGAUAUUAUUGUUUGUUAAAAUUUAUUGAAAUAAAGAACCAUUCAAAUCUA